GCCGAACUGACGUGCUAGGAGUGGAAAAAAAGGACGGCUUGCGUCAGCGUUCUAGAAAAAAUCGAGAUGCUGCGACACAAAGGCGCCCGUUGUUCUCGUCUUGAAGGGUUUUUAGUAACCCUAACCCCUUCAUCAGGUUCAGCAGCACCCCUAUUUUUGAAGAUACAGUUGUACCAAACAACAAAAAAUAAAAGUUUCACCAACAACAAGUUGUAUGUAUGCACUUGUAGAUGUCGUUAUCGUUUUUUCAGUAACCGCCAGCACAUUGCAGUUACAAGAUUGCAGCACGGUGCUAGUCCUAUGAUCGAAACAAGCGACCCCAUGAUCGUUUAUGAAGAUUAUAUCCUGUGACGGCGCCCCCGCCCGCCCCCUUUAGAAGUACGCUCUACUACUGCUCAUACUCACUUCAAUUGCGGAAAAGCAUAUCCUGCUUAUGGUGCAACCCGAGAGCAGACUGACUUUUAGACCCGCUCGCAAGGUUUCUUCUGUUAUUGAUCUGAGAGUAUGUGUUACGUCGCGUUUUUCUUUUAAAUAAAAGUUUAAGUUUUCUGCAGCAUACCCUGCCGCAUGUAAAAGCUGCGCGACGCAUGAAUAUUU